GCUGUUUUAAACGUGGGGCCGGCAGUCGAGCCCGCUACUUGUGAAAAGGUUCGGUCCCGCUCAAGUCAACCCGCAUGUGGAGUCGCGCAGUCCAUGGCCUCCGGCGCCACGCUGGCACGGCCUCGGCCGCGGCCGCCGGCGCCGGCGUCAUGUUCGCCGCCAUGAACAUGGGCCCGACGCCCCUCAUGGCGAACGAAGUCCCGCUCCGUGACACGACGCGUGGCAUGCUCCGCGAAGUGCUCUCGAAGCUCAACCGCAUCGAGAGCGCGGUCGCCAACCCCAAGCGCGAUGGCCCCGGCGUCGACGUCGUCCUCGGUGCGCAGUGGGGCGAUGAAGGCAAGGGCAAGCUCGUUGACAUGCUCUCGCAAGAGUACGACGUGAUUGCGCGUGUCGCCGGCGGUGCCAACGCCGGCCACACGAUUGUCUGCAACGGCAAGAAGUACAAGUUCCAUCUGGUGCCCAGCGGUGUCUUGAACGACAAGGCGGUCUGCGUCAUUGGCAACGGCGUUGUCGUGCACCUCCCGGCGCUCCUCAAGGAGCUCGAGAUGCUCAAGGACGCUGGCGUCGACUGCGAAGGUCGCGUCCUCAUCUCGGAUCGUGCGCACAUGGUGCUCGACUUGCACCAGGAAAUUGACGGCCUCAUGGAGAACCGCCGUGGCCGCAACAAGAUUGGCACGACCAAGAAGGGCAUCGGUCCGGCGUACUCGAGCAAGAUGCUCCGCAACGGCGUCCGCGUUGGCGACCUUCGCUACUUUGACGACUUUGCCGACAAGAUGCGUGCGCAGUUUACCUUUUACAAGGAGAACUACCCGGACCUCGACUUGGACGUCGAAGCCGAGAUUGAGCGCUACCGCGUCCUCAAGGAGCAGAUCCUCCCGAUCACGAUCGACUCGGUCGAGUACCUCAACAAGGCAUACGUCGCGGGCAAGAAGAUCCUCGUCGAAGGCGCGAACGCGACGAUGCUCGACAUUGACUUUGGCACGUACCCGUACGUGACGUCGUCCAACCCGUCGAUCGGCUCGAUCUGCACGGGCGGCGGUAUCUCGCCCAACCGCAUCAACGGUAUCAUUGGUAUUGUCAAGGCCUACUGCACGCGCGUCGGCGAGGGUCCGUUCCCGACCGAGCUCCACGACGACAUUGGUGCGCACCUCGGGACCGUCGGCGCCGAGUUCGGCACGACGACCGGUCGUCCGCGCCGCUGCGGCUGGCUCGACAUUCCCCAGAUGAAGUACUCGAACCUCGUCAACGGCUUCACCGAGAUCAACCUCACGAAGCUCGACGUGCUCACGGGCCUCAAGGAAGUCAAGAUCGGCGUCGCCUACUGGCACAACGGCAAGAAGCUCUCGGGCAUGCCGUCGAACCUCCAGCCGCUCGAAGAGUCGACGGUGCAGUACGAGACGCUCCCCGGCUGGUCCGAGGACAUCUCCAAGUGCCGCACCUUUGAGGAGCUGCCUGUGAACGCGCAAAAGUACGUGCUUCGUGUCGAGGAGCUCCUCGGCACGCACAUCAAGUGGAUCGGCGUCGGCCAGGACCGCUUGGACGUCAUUGAGCGCGCCCGCCCCCUCCCCAAGACGGUCUAAACACCUUUCAAUGAUGGUGCAUGUGGUGACGAUGAGGAUGGACGAGAGCGCGAUUCGCACAGCGCGCCGAAGACACUAGAGUGGCUUUCAAGUGCUGUUAAAUCUAUCUUAUUAUUGUUCCAA